AUGACCACAUGGCCGACAAUCAAAAGAAUUAUCAGCCAAGGACACGCGAAAGCGCACGGCGGCCAUCUCAAUGCGGAUGCUUACUUAUACCGGGAAGAAGGCCGGUACAUUGAUGAAGAUGGCACAGUGCAUCCGCCACGAUAUGAUACUGACACAUUCCGAUGUCUCUAUGGUGUUGAGCCAAAUAUAGCGGAGAUCAUCAACUACACUCCAACUAUUCAAGUUCUGGAGCGACACGCUACUAUCGAAGCCUCCGACCGCCUUGAAGCUACUGAAGUAUUGAAAGCACGGUUUGACAUGUUCCUACAUGCCUUGAAAGCAGCCGAGUACCCCGGAAACUACCUCAAUUUGAUGUCUCCCGAGUAUCAUCAGUUCAAGGAACUCCGAUCAGCAUACAGAGAAUUCUGGAACGCGACCUAG